CCAUCCUCAGCUGCUCGGAUACAUGCCGUGCCCAAUGAGCUGAGCACCGUCAUCACACGCGACGAAUUUUUGCAGUCGGCCGUGCGCUCGGGCAUGUACUCUGCCCUGAUCAAGCUCGAGCCCGAGCUCAAGGCUGCUCUUGAUGCCGAAAUGGACAAGCAGCGAGUGGUCACUCUCGGACGCCUCGAGGGUGUGCUGGGACAAAUCCUCUCGCGUCUGCACCGAGGAGAUGCGCGCGCUUCCAAGAUCAAGCAAAAGAUGGUGACAGGCGCCGGGCCCGAUGUCGACUUUGACCUUGACAGCACGCAGACUGCGGCUGAUAACAAGGCCGACCAACUCGCUCCGGUCGUCGAACAAGCGGUGGUCGCAGGCGAGGAGACGUCUGUAGAGCAGCCAGAAGCGGAAGACAAGGCGCCCGAGCCGCUGCCCGAGACUCCCGAGAAGGAGCAGGCGCCCGAGACGCCGCCAAAGUCCGAGUCGGAAAAGCUGGCCGAUGUCGUGCCGAAGGAAAAGGCACAGUCGCGCGGUGCCCCUCCUCCGUUUGCCAUUCAGUUCAUGCAGCUCCCUCCUGCAGAGGACGGAACGCAGCGUCGCUGCCAACGCCUGGACAAGGUGAUUACCAUCAACAUUGCGCACCCCGACUUUUUGGAGCGUGCUUCGUACCGACAGCAGCGACUCCAGAUGAACGAUCGUCUGAGCUCGUACCUGGCCGAAAUCAUUGGAAUGUACUACCGUGACGACGAGCUCAAGAACAUGAUGUUUGGCGUCCAGGGCUCCACCUCGGGCCAGUCGAGCGAGACAUACUACGAGCGCACGCUCGAUGUCAUUAGCCGUUUCGAGCAUGUCAUGAAAAAGAACAUGAAGUCGCUCCAGACCGAGCUCGACCGCAGCACGAAAGGCAUGUCGCACGAGGCGCCCACAGACGCUUCUGCGGAAGAAGCCGCCGAAGGUGACUAUGGCGAAUCUUCUGAGGACUCGCCGUUGUUUGGCGAGACCAAAAAGAAGACCCGCAAGCGCGCUUCCAAGCGCGAUUGAGCGUUUUGUUUCUGAGGCCAAGACGAAUGUGAGCCGUGAUGAUUUGUAUGCAACUGUAUUUGUUGCCUUUGAGCACCUCCCUCUUCUCCGUCCCCCGCUUUUCUCCUCGUCCCCUUUUUUUGUCGUUGCUCCAGUGAACUCGAAUACAAUGUUUGUUCUCAGUGAGA